GGUUUGAUCGAUUUUAAGUGAUGACAAGUUGUCAUUAGUUUCCCGAGCAUACUUCAACGGACCGAAGGCCAAGAGGACACACACCCGCCGCAUUCAUUCAAGACAGGAUUAAACACCAAGACAAGACAAGAGUCAUCACUUUUACAGUUAAGGAGAAGUUUCAACCAAGCAACAGCAUGAUGAAGUCAUAUUUGGUCGCAUGCAUAGUUGUCCUAUGCGCAUGCCUUGUAUUAGGAAAGCCAGCACCAUCUGGUACAAAAGUAAAUAGCCAAGACAUUUCAAAAUCGAUAAACAGACUGAUUGAAGAUCUCAGAACUCACAAAGCUGCCGAGGAUCACGACCAGAAGGAACUUGUGAAGAUUGUGCUCGCCUUCGCUGGCAAGCUUCAGGAACUCCAAGAAGGCAUCCAGCAUAUUGAUGAAGUCGAAGGUCAGGCAGCGAAAGCAACUGCCAAGAGGGAAGAUGUGCUGAAAGGGCCAGGGGUCAAGGCAUCAAGCACCAACGAAGGAGACGUGCCACAUAUUGUACAGCAGGUCGUAGUCAAGGCACCAGAAGCUCCUGAUAACAUAUCUAAACUGGACGACACCCAGUUCGUCAAGCUCCUCCUAACGGCACUGGAGAAACUUCACACGAAGAAAGGAAAGAAAGAGAAGCCCAGCAAACCAGUAAAGCCAAGCAAGAGCAGAGGAGAGAUCAAAAAGGAAGUCGACAACCUUAAAGGCAGCGAAGGUGGCGAUUUCUUAGAGCGCCUUGACAAGCGAGGACAGUACUACGAUGCUGAGCUCGACGAUGGCUUCGAUAUGUUCAAGAAGAGGAACCAGAAACAGGAGAAAAAGGCCGCUGCCCGGGGUGAACAGACCAAGGAGUAUGCAAGCGAACUAGAGAAAGUUAACCGUGCCAGGAACGGCUGGCUGGAGCAGUAAGCAGCCAAGGCAGACUAAAAACCGAUUAGUGAAGAACUCACGAAAUUACUGGACCUCCUGGAUGCAAAGAAAGGCCAAUAAGGAAGGACUUUGGUUUGGACGUUGAUGUAAAUAGCACUUAAAGAAGAGCAGUAUGGAUUCAAAAACACCGUGUAUUCUCAAGCAAACAUCGCGGCCUACUCUCGCAUUCUCCCGCGAGAUACACACAAUCUCGGAAUGACGUAGGAAAAGGAGGCACUGUAAAGUUUCGAGUCCAAACUCUGUGUUGUUGUUUUUUUUCUGUUAGGACAUCAGUUCUGUACAAGAUAUCAAUCCGGUAACAUCUUUGCCUGAUAAGUGUCGUCCUGUUCGGUACACUGACUAAGGUGACAAUAACAUUGUGUAGCAGUAUAUCAUAGAUCUUGCACCACACCACCUAACGAGACAGUGUGAUACAAAAAGAAUGCAUCGUAUAUUCGUUAAAUUUCCUCCAGUUAAACCAUAAAGGAAUAAACAUAAACGUUUAUAUCUCUCACAAUUUACAUGUCAUUUUAAGCGAUACAUUUAAUGUUUCUUCCUUUCUGGUUAUACUUAGCCAUUCCAAGUCAUUUUCGGCCAGUUCUUUGUAUAAGAAGAUGAGAUACACGCCUGUUCAAUGCGACCCCUAGUUGAGAAUGUGGAAUCAGCUGGUUUAAGUGUAGAAAGUAGGAAUGAAUAUGACUAAAAGACGCUGGAAUUUUUACACAAUGAAUAAAAGAAAACUUGUACUAAGUGCUUAAUUUUGCCAAUUUUGCCUACAUGUAGGCUCCAUCGCUUCUAAGCUACAUUCGAAAGAUUUGUGCUGCUGAGCAACGUUUAAAAAGGUGUGCUUCUCAUUUAAAACAACCCGCGCUGCAUUUUGCUGAAAUAUGACUGCAACGGAUGCAUGGCGCAACCGUCACUUGUCGUCACUCCAAGUCUAACGACAGCAAUGGGGAAUACUCAGCUGUUGAAAGCACUUCAUUCAUUUACUUCAGUGUUUAAUACACUUAUAUCUAAAACUGCUAACUUUCAGCACGAACUAUCUUAUAUAGACAAACAUUUGGAAAUUACACUUCAAGGAAAGGUAAAAAAACCUUUGUUAAUGUAUUCCUGUCAGAGCUGUUAGAUAUUUUUCCAAAAUGAACGCGAUUUGUCAAAUCCGCCGAGCGAUAUCGAAGCAUCAGGUGGCGCAUUUGCUCCGUUUAUCACGUGACCAUUAUUUAUGGUAUCCGUGGCUUUUUUUGGAGACACUACCCUCAGCAUUGACGCGAGCAGUAAACCAGUCCAAUUUUUCUAAAACAUAUCAGAAUGUAUGUGCAUGUUGACCAUUUCAGACGCCGAUACUCAUCAAAGGUUUGACAUGAGGGAGUUUCGUCAGGUGCGAAUUUCGUCUAUGUCAAUUUUACGUAUGGCCGCGUCACAGAUUACGCAAAGUCAUACGUAAAAUAGAUACGCAGACGUCGGCCAAGAGCUAUUUUUCUGAUCUGUCGAAACUCACUAUUGGUUGUCAGCUGGCGAUCAAAAUGAUGUAUUCAUCAAACUUACAGUAAUCGAAUCAGUGUAUCAAAAGUUUACCCAAUUGUGAUAAUUGUAGCGUGUUUUAAAGAUAAUAAAGCACUUUUGUACAAGCCA